AUGGGUCGAAGCCUCCUGCCCCUGCUGCUGCUGUCCUCACAGCUGGGCUUCCUGCAAGCUCUACAGUGUUUCCAGUGUCAACGAAUCAAUGCCAGUGGGGUUUGCGAGACUGGGGAAAGUGUCUGCCAGGCUAAAGGCAACCAGCAGUGCUUUCUGAGGAAGGUCUAUAAAGAUGACACCCUUUCAUAUGGAUAUCAAGGUUGUAGCAGUGUGUGUUCCCCUAUGACAAUCUUUUAUAUGGAUGUUGCUUUGGAGGAUAAAUGUUGCAAUGACUCACCUUUCUGCAACAAGUUCUAA